AUCAUCAUCAUCAACAUCAGAGGAUGAGGAGGAGGAGCUCGAAUCUGGGCGUGGUUGUGGCGGCGAUCAGCGAGGAGGCGGCGGUGGAGAAGAAGGUGGCGCCAGCGCCGGCGAAGACGAAGGCGCGGGCGGCGCUGACGGUGCGGAGGAAGAGUAAGGAGGACUUCAAGGACGCCAUUGCCGGUCACCUCGACUCCUUCGCCGACAUGAUCGAUCAGCUGGAGCUGCGGAAAUUGAAGUGGGAAGCAAGACAUGCGGUGUUUGUUAUUUUUUUGCUACAUUUUGAACAAGUAUUUUUUGUUAGAACUUAUGUUUGAAAUUUAAUUUGAAUUCUGAGAUUGUAAUUUGAGAGUUGAGACUAUUUGUUAUACAAAUUA